AUGGAUGGCAACAAUGACAGCUCCCAAAGCCAUUUUAUCCUUUUGGGAUUUUCUGAUCGUCCCCAUCUGGAGAGAAUCCUCUUUGUGGUAAUCUUGAUUGCCUAUCUCCUGACCCUUGUGGGCAACACCACCAUCAUCCUGGUUUCCCAGCUGGACCCUCAUCUCCACAUACCUAUGUAUUUCUUUCUUACCCAUCUCUCUUUCCUUGAUCUCAGUUUCACCACAAGCUCUAUCCCCCAGCUUCUCUACAACCUUAAUGGAUAUGAUAAGACUAUUAGCUACACUGGUUGUGCCAUCCAGCUCUUUCUCUUCCUGGGUCUAGGUGGUGUGGAAUGCCUGCUCCUGGCUGUCAUGGCAUAUGACCGGUUUGUUGCAGUCUGCAAGCCCCUACAUUACAUGAUUAUCAUGCAUCCUCAGCUCUGCCUGGGAUUAGUGUCCCUUGCUUGGGGAUGUGGUGUGGCCAACUCUUUGAUUAUGUCCCCAAUGACCCUGUGGUUGCCCCGCUGUGGGUACCGAAAGGUGGACCACUUCCUGUGUGAGAUGCCAGCCCUGAUUCAGAUGGCCUGUGUCAACACAGCUGCUGUGGAAGGCAUUGCCUUCAUUCUGGCAGUGGGCAUUGUACUGUCACCAUUGACUUUUAUCCUGAUCUCCUAUGGCUACAUCGUGAAGGCUGUGUUAAGUAUCCAGUCAUCUUCAGGGAGACACAAAGUCUUCAACACAUGUGGUUCCCAUCUCACUGUGGUCUCACUUUUCUAUGGAAAUAUAAUAUACAUGUACAUGCAACCAGGAACAAGCUCCUCCAAAGACCAAGGCAAGUUCCUCACACUCUUCUACAACAUUGUCACCCCACUCCUGAAUCCUCUGAUCUAUACCCUCAGAAACAAAGAGGUGAAGGGGGCACUGAAAAGAUUGUUGCUGGGUUACAGAGGGGUAGGAAAGGAAUAA